AUGCCUUCCAGCGAUGCAAUGAUAACGCGUGUGUGCCGAACCUUUAGCGAUGCCUUCGCGAAGGAUGAGGCGACGGCAAGAGAUCAGGGGAAAAAGUAUUGGAUCAGUCGUGUUUUGGGAUCAGGUGCGACAGGGACGGUGUUGUGUGCAAAGCGUGUGUCCGACGCAGAGACGUUUGCGGUGAAGGUAGUGGACAUGGAAGGCAUGUCGGAGGCUGACAAGAAUCGUGCACAGGCGGAGGUGCACUGUCUGCUGAGCUGCGACUUCUUCUCGAUCCUGAAGUGCCAUGAGGACUACGCUAAAAAGGACCCACAGAAUGAGGAAAACGUGCUAAUGAUUGCUCUUGUUCUUGACUACGCCAACGCUGGGGAUCUCCGACAGGAAAUAAAGAGCCGUGCGAAAUCCGACCGUGCAUUUCGUGAGCACGAGGCCGGCCUUCUUUUUAUCCAGGUGCUUCUUGCACUACACCACGUGCAUUCGCGGCACAUGAUCCACCGGGACAUCAAGUCUGCCAAUAUUCUGCUGUGCAGCAAUGGACUCAUCAAGCUUGGCGACUUUGGGUUCAGUAAGAUGUACUCUGCCACUGUCUCAGAGGAUGUGGGUAAGACAUUCUGCGGCACACCGUACUACGUUGCGCCAGAGAUAUGGCGGCGGAAGCCCUACAGCAAGAAGGCUGAUCUGUUCUCUCUUGGUGUACUGCUGUACGAGCUACUGACACUAAAGCGUCCCUUUGACGGUGCCGAUAUGCAGGGGGUAAUGCAGAAGACACUCAGUGGGAAGUAUGAGCCACUGCCUUCCUCAAUUAGCCCUGAGAUGUCUGAAGUAGUGUCAUCACUUCUUUCCAGUGACCCCCGGGCUCGCCCUUCAAGCAGUAAACUGUUGAACGCACCUAUCUGUAAGCUAUAUCUAUCGGUUGUGAUUGAGAUAGUGCGAGAUCUCGAUUCGUUGACGGAUGAGCAAAGGGAACUUGUUACCGUGCACAUCAAGGCAACUAAACAAGAACUUCAGUCCAUGCGCAAAUCUCGCUAUAUGCAGAUGGAGGACUCGCAAGCUGCACCUGCUGCUGUGUCUACUACUGUUUUUGAGGGUUCAGCCCCCUCUAGGUGUAUCGGUGACAUUUCGUUGUAUGAAGGUAUUGUUUAUAAACAGAGUGGCGACAUGGCGUGGAAGCGGCGAUAUAUGUGUAUAAGAGGGGAGGUAGAUUCUAAUUCUGCGCCAGAUGCAAAAACCAGACAAUUCACCAAGCUGGAUCUUGUGCAAAGCAGAACCAAAGAGACUAUGGAGCAGCAGUGCAUUGCAACCCCCUUCUCCGAGUUGGAGGAUGUGUUCCCCGUGCCGAGCAAGUACACAGGGUCUGAUGCGCAGCACGUGUUUGCCGUUGCAUUCAAAACGGG